AUGAUAUGGCAUGAAGAUGAAUUACUUAAAGAAAUUAAAAAAAAUGAUCCAAAUGAUGCUUGGAAAGGGCUAGGAAUUCUGAAUAAAUAUGAAGGAAAAAAAAUUUCUGGUUUAAAUAAUAAUGUAACAUCAGUAAUUCUGGAAGAGUUGAACACUUUGGCUUGUACUCCAAAUGAUUGGGAUGAUGUUUUGGACUAG